AUACUCUUUUCUUCCAAAAACAUGGACCGGGAGGGUAAACUUUGUCAAGAAGGAGAUCUCUCCUUUCCUUCCAUUCUCGGCAGUCAGCAGCCAGGGGCCGUUUCCCCUUUCCUCCCAAAUUCAUCUCCUCUCUCCGACGCCGGCAAUCCAGGGAGGGGUUCGCCUCCGCCAUCUUACACGCACGGGUCGCCGCCUCCAUCGAAGCCGCCAAGCAGGCCGCCACGGGUCGCAGCCUCAAUCGUAACGGGCUCCCCUUUUUCUCUUCUUCUUGCACGGCCCAGACUUGCCGUCGGUACGCGCGGCUGAUGCCGGCAACCGCUCGGACUCCACAACCAACGGGCUGGAAUGCUAACUCCGACUUUUCUCUUUCGAGUUGGGCUUACCUUAGCUGUACUACUAUUCACUGCAGUAACAACACAUGAUUCAUUCACCAGUUGCUGUUGCAUCAUCACGGAGCGGCAAUGGCUACAACCCUUCAUCCAUCUUUGAUUGUUUCAGUUCCCACAAGCGUGAAGGAAGCUAAACCCAUAACCACGAAAUCAUCCCAAAAGUUACUUUCAAACUGCAAAACCCUGAAUGAACUGAAGCAGUUGCACUGUGACAUGAUGAAGAAAGGGCUCUGUCACAAGCCUGGUAGUCACUUUAACAAGCUUGUUGCUGCUUGUGUCCAGAUAGGUACCCUUGAGAGUUUGGACUACGCCCGAAAUGCUGUUCAGGAUGAUGGUGUAAGCAUGCCCUCUUUGUAUGUGUAUAACUGUCUCAUUAGAGGUUAUGCCUCAGCAGGGUUAGGUGAAGAAGCAAUCUUGCUUUACAUUCAGAUGGUGGUGAUGGGCAUGGUGCCUGACAACUACACUUUCCCGUUUUUGCUGAGUGCCUGCUCUAAGACUAUGGCGCUUUCUGAGGGUGUUCAAGUUCAUGGGGCGGCUGUUAAAAUGGGUUUGGACGGAGAUACCUUUGUCCACAACUCUUUGAUACAUUUUUAUGCUGAAUGCGGGAAGGUUGAAUUAGGGCGAAAGGUGUUUGACAAAAUGCUUGAAAGAAACGUGGUGUCUUGGACUAGUUUGAUAAAUGGUUAUGCUGGGAGAGACUUGGCAAAGGAGGCUGUUUCUUUGUUCUUUCAGAUGAUUGAGGCUGGUGUGGAACCGAAUCCGGUGACCAUGGUCUGUGUUAUGUCUGCUUGUGCCAAGUUGAAGGAUCUUGAAUUGGGUAAAAAAGUGUGCGGUUAUGUAGGUGAGUCGGGUGUGGAACUUAAUGCACUCAUGGUGAAUGCAUUAGUUGAUAUGUACAUGAAAUGUGGGGAUAUAUGUUCGGCCAGGCGGAUUUUUUACGAAUGUACUGAUAAGAAUUUGGUUAUGUACAAUACUAUCAUGUCAAAUUAUGUGUACCAUGGGUGGGCCGGUGAUGCGCUCGGGAUUUUGGAUGAAAUGCUGCGAAAAGGACCACGACCGGAUAAGGUAACCAUGUUAUCUACGAUUGCAGCCUGUGCACAUUUGGGUGAUCUUUCUGUUGGGAAGUCAUCCCAUGCUUAUGUCUUACGGAAUGGCCUUGAAGGUUGGGAUAACAUUCUCAAUGCCAUCGUUGACAUGUACAUGAAAUGUGGCGAAAGAGGAGCAGCUUGCAAAGUUUUUGAGCGUAUGCCAGACAAGACGGUGGUGACAUGGAAUUCGCUAAUUGCAGGUUUGGUUAGAGAUGGUGAUGUGGAAUUAGCUUGGAGAAUCUUUGAUGACAUGCAGGAGAGGGAUCUUGUAUCUUGGAACACAAUGAUCAAUGCGUUGGUUCAAGCAAGCAUGUUCGAGGAAGCAAUUGAGCUAUUUAGAGAGAUGCAAAACCAAGGGAUAGAAGGAGAUAGACUAACGAUGAUGGGUAUUGCUUCUGCCUGUGGAUAUUUAGGAGCUCUUGAUCUUGCCAAGUGGGUAUGUACUUACAUAGAGAAUAAUGGCAUUCACAUGGACUUGCAGCUUGGCACAGCUUUGGUUGACAUGUUUUCUAGAUGCGGUGAUUCCUCAAGUGCUAUGCAUGUUUUCAGAAGAAUGGAGAAACGGGAUGUGUCUGCCUGGACAGCUGCCAUUGGAGUUAUGGCAAUGGAGGGAAAUACAGAAGGGGCUAUUGAGCUUUUCAACGAGAUGCUCAACCACAAGGUGAAACCAGAUGACGUUGUUUUUGUGGCACUACUGUCAGCAUGUAGCCAUGGUGGUUCUGUGGACCAAGGAAGGCAAGUUUUUUGGUCAAUGGAAAAAACCCACGGAACAAGUCCUCAGAUUGUCCACUAUGGAUGCAUGGUUGAUUUGCUUGGUCGAGCUGGGCUGUUGGAAGAAGCUCUCCAUCUCAUACAAAGCAUGCCAAUGGAACCUAACGACGUGAUCUGGGGAUCUCUGCUGGCAGCUUGUCGGAAACACAAAAAUGUUGAAUUGGCACAUUAUGCAGCCGAAAAGUUAACACAAUUGGCCCCUGAAAGAGCUGGGAUUCAUGUUCUGUUAUCCAACAUAUAUGCAUCAGCUGGGAAAUGGACGGAUGUAGCAAGAGUGAGGUUGCAAAUGAAGGAGAAGGGGGUCCAGAAAGUGCCUGGAUCAAGCUCCAUAGAGGUACAUGGAUUGAUUCACGAGUUUACCUCGGGGGAUGAAUCACACGCAGAGAACACCCAGAUUGAACUAAUGCUACAGGAAAUAAACUGCAGGCUAAGUGGGAUAGGAUAUGUUCCUGAUACAACCAACGUCUUACUGGAUGUUGAUGAGCAGGAGAAAGAGCACUUACUCAGCAGACAUAGUGAGAAGCUAGCCAUAGCUUAUGGACUGAUCACUACUGCUCAAGGUAUACCCAUACGGGUAGUAAAAAAUCUUCGAAUCUGUUCUGAUUGUCAUUCAUUUAUAAAAUUAGUGUCAAAACUAUACAGUAGGGAAAUCACAGUUAGAGACAAUAACAGAUAUCAUUUUUUCAAGGAAGGAUUUUGUUCUUGUGGAGAUUACUGGUAAUGGAUUCUCUAAGAGGGAACCUCUUGUCUCUGGUUUACAAAUCAA